AUGAAGCAUAACGUUGCAGAGAAGGAUCCGUCCUAUUCUUUGGACGCGAUCGUGGACGAAAUUCCUCUGGACAAUUUCAAUAAGGGUGCACAAGACGAAGCCCUUGGAAUCUUGUCUCUUGAUAGUACAAAGCGUCAUUAUAGUGCUCAAGAAGAUGCUCGCCUCCUCCGCAAGAUAGAUCGGCACAUUAUGCCAAUUAUCUUCUUUAUUUACUUUUUACAAUUGGUCGAUAAACAAAUUCUCUCAUUUUCCUCCGUUUUUGGACUUUCCAGAGAUGCAGAUCUUGUUGGGGACGAUUAUUCUCUGUUGGGAUCUAUCGUAUAUAUCGCCCAGCUCGUUAUGCAGCCGCUUUCCUCCUAUCUUCUCGUCAAAUUCAGACUAUCAAUAUAUGUCCCGCUGAUCGUGACUUGUUGGGGAGCGACUCUGUUGUGUAUGACCGCUGCUAAAAAUUUCGUUGGCCUCCUUAUCGCUCGAUUCUUUCUUGGAGCAUUUGAAGCUUCUGUCCAAGCUUCUUUCAUUCUUGUCAUCCAAUUCUGGUAUCGCAGAAAGGAACAGGGAUUUCGUUUGGCUGCAAUGUACUCGAACCUGGGAUGGGUGAACGUAUUCGGGAGUCUCAUCAUGUUUGGCAUUGCUCAUAUUAAAACCGGCGUUUUAUUCACAUACCAAAUCGUCUUUCUUCUACUCGGAGCAAUUACCUUCAUAGUAGGGUUAAUUUCGUUUCGCGUGUUCCCAGAUAACCCCGUAAAAAGCGACUUUCUCAGUGCCGAGGAAAAGGUCAUGGCCGUUGAGUACCCCAAAGGCGCUAAAAGUAAAGGCAGCGCAUUCGGGCAAACCAGCAAGGUUUAG